GGAGGGGCACCUGCUACAUGUUCUCUAGGUCUUUUAGAAAACAUGGAGUUUUUCCUUUGGCCACAUACAUGUAAAUCUACAAGAAAGGUGCUAUUGUAGAUAUCAAGGGAAUGGGCACUGUUCAAAAAGGAAUGCCCCAUAAAUGUUACCAUGACAAAACUGGGAGAGUCUACAAUGUUACCCAGCAUGUUGUUGGCAUCACUGUAACCAAACAAGUUAAGGGCAAGAUUCUUGCCAAGAGAAUUAAUGUGCGUAUCGAGCAUAUUAAGCACUCUAAGAGCCGAGAUAGCUUCUUGAAACAGGUGAAGGAAAAUGAUCAGAAAAAGAAGGAAGCCAAAGAGAAAAGUACUUGGGUUCAACUGAAGCAUCAACCUGCUCCACCCAGAGAAGCACACUUCAUGAGAACCAAUGGAAAGGAGCUGGAACCCAUUCCCUAUUAA